AUGGAUCCUGUAACCAUCGUUACUGCUGCAGCUUCUUUGGCAGGCGCUGUCCUGAAAGCCUCCUGGAAAGUGAAGGAGACCAUUGACGCAUACGACGACGCACCACAGAACGUCGCAGACAUUGCUGAGGAGGUGCAUGCGGUACAGAUAGCGCUCCGACAGGUUGAGAGCGUCGUGCUCCAGGAUCCUGAAGCCAUUGACCGGCUGGGAUUGGAGGAUGUCUUUACCGUGGCCGUCAACGGGUGUCAUGCAACGCUUCUAUCCAUCAGUAAAGAGUAUGAGGACCUGUUCCUCCGAACUGACUGGAAGACGAAGAUCAAAGUUCUAUGGAAAGAUGGAGAAAUGACUCGACUGCUUGGGCGAUUAGACCGCAAGAAGGCUACGUUGACGCUCUUGACACAGACUUUAAAUCUGUAA